GGUUAAGUUUCUUGGGUCUUGACUCAAGUACUCCUAUUAUUAGAGAGCUAUUAAAAGGGCUGAGAUAUCCCACUUUGAGAUAUCUGGUAGGGAAUUUGCCAAAAACUCUUUCCUAUUUUCGUUUCUUACUCCUUUCUUUCAGAAAUUAGGACAUUAGGAUAUUAGAAUUGGUACAAUGGAGUCUACAUUACCAACAAGUAUGAGAACUCCAGCUGGGGGUGCAGCAACUGGUGGAUACAGACCACUGGAAGGAAAACUCGGAAUAAUCACUGGAGCAUCAAGAGGAAUCGGCGUAGCAAUAGCUCAAAACCUCGCCAGCAAAGGAUGCAACUUGAUCUUAAACUACACCUCUGACUCUUCAGCCACCGCCUGCAAUGACCUCUCCACCCAACUAUCCUCUGAAUACGGAACCAGCAACCUCGUCAUCCAAGCCGACAUGGGCCUUCCCACCGGCCCAGCACACAUCGUCACCACAGCCAAAAACCACUUCUCGCACCCCAAGACCGGAAAAUUCCAGAUCGACAUCCUCGUCAACAACGCCGGUGUCUCCAAGAACCUCCGGAUCGAAGAAUGCACCAUCGAAGACUACGAAUGGCAAUACAAAAUCAACGUCCUGGGCCCCCUUCUCCUCAUGCAAGCCGUCGUCCCCUACCUCCCCACCGACCGCAGCGGCCGCGUCGUAAACCUCAGCUCCGUCUCCAGCUCCGAGGGCUUCAUCGGGCAAACCGUCUACGGGGGCACCAAAGCCGCCCUGGAAGCCAUGACGCGGACCUGGGCGCGGGAAUUAGCUGAGCGGGCAACGGUUAAUGCGAUCAAUCCCGGCCCGGUCAAGACGGAUAUGUGGGCGGGGACCACGGCGGAGUUUAAGCGGAGGUUGAAGCCGUUUAUUGAGCAGACGCCGGGGAGCGCGAUCAGGAAGGAGGUCGAUGAUGGGGAUUUGGUGGCGGAUGCUGAGAAUGCGGGGGGGAGACCGGCCUAUGUGCAUGAGAUUGCGGGGAUUGUAGGGAUGUUGACUACGGGUGAUAGUCAGUGGUGUACGGGGCAGGUUGUUUGUGCUAAUGGGGGGAUGAGGAUGGCUAUCUGAGGUGGGGAUGAUGGAGAUGUUGGAUGUGCAUAUAGGCUUCAAUAUGUGCAUGAAUGAAAAGCUGGUUUGACAAAUAGCAUGAUUGGAAUAGAAAGGGGAUGAUGUGAUAUCUCUUUGAGAUGUGCUGAGAUUCGGAGGAUGAGUAGAUAACCACGCUUGCGGAGCAACACUUGCGAAGCACCCAAAUCAACCAAUAUUGAUGACAAC